GCCUAAUGUCAGCCAAAAAUGACUUCACAUUUGGUUUGCGUUCAAAACAUUCACAACAUUUGCAACGCUUUCACACCAAUAGACUGUUAACGCAAACCAUUGCCACUUACUAUCACUUCAUUGUCACCACCAAUAGGUCCCACGCAUGGGAUGCCACCAAUUAUGACCACUAUUUACCACUCAGUGACCGCUCGCAGUGUAUGCAGUCAUCUGUGAGUGAAUCGCCGCCACUAUUAUCGUCUCGAGAUUCAAAGCCGCCAUAA